GCUUCCCGGCAGCGCCCGGAAUAGGACCGUUGCCAGACGGCCGGCUCCAAGUGGGUCCGGGCGCGGGGGGAGGGAGACGGCCUAGACGCGAGAACUGCUAGGCCCUCUGCGCGCGAGGACUGGAAUCCCGCCGCGGCUGCUAGGAGCGCCCAGGCCCAGAGGGCCCGCGGAGACUGACCUGGGCCUAGAGCUCAUCCCAGCGGGCAGAGCUUGCCGCGAGGCCCUGGCGUCCCCUCCGGCGCGCUCUUGGAGCCACUUUGCCGAGCGGAAGUCAGCCGGUGGCUCGGGCUCCGGUGGGACCUGCUCCGAGGAAUGGCGCCGCCGGGUUCAAGCACUGUCUUCCUGUUGGCCCUGACAAUCAUAGCCAGCACCCGGGCUCUGACACCCACUCACUACCUCACCAAGCAUGAUGUGGAGAGACUGAAAUCCUCGCUGGACCGCCCUUUCACAAAUUUGGAAUCUGCCUUCUACUCCAUCGUGGGACUCAGCAGCCUUGGGGCCCAGGUGCCAGAUGUAAAGAAAGCAUGCACCUUCAUUAAAUCUAACCUUGACCCCAGCAACGUGGAUUCCCUCUUCUACGCCGCCCAGUCCAGCAAGGCUCUCUCAGGGUGUGAGAUCUCUAUUUCAAAUGAGACCAAAGAUCUGCUUCUGGCAGCUGUCAGUGAAGACUCAUCUGUUACCCAGAUCUACCAUGCAGUUGCAGCCCUCAGUGGUCUUGGCCUUCCCUUGGCAUCACAAGAAGCUCUUGGUGCCCUUACUGCUCGUCUCAGCAAGGAAGAAACUGUGCUAGCAACGGUCCAGGCUCUGCAGACAGCAUCCUACCUGUCCCAGCAGGCUGACCUGAGGAACAUCGUGGAGGAGAUUGAGGACCUUGUUGCUCGCCUGGAUGAACUGGGGGGUGUAUAUCUCCAAUUUGAAGAAGGACUGGAAACAACAGCAUUAUUUGUGGCUGCCACCUACAAGCUCAUGGACCAUGUGGGGACUGAGCCAUCCAUUAAGGAGGAUCAGGCCAUCCAGCUGAUGAAUGCGAUCUUCAGCAAGAAGAACUUUGAAUCCCUCCCAGAAGCCUUCAGUGUAGCCACUGCCGCUGCUGCGCUAUCCCAGAAUCGCUACCACGUGCCAGUUGUGGUUGUGCCUGAGAGCUCUGGUUCCGACACUCAUGAGCAGGCUAUCCUGCGGUUGCAAGUUACCGACGUUCUGUCCCAGCCUCUGACUCAGGCUGCUGUUAAACUAGAACAUGCUAAAUCUGUUGCCUCUGGAGCCACUGUCCUCCAGAAGACGUCCUUCACCCCUGUAGGGGAUGUUUUUGAACUAAACUUCAUGAAUGUCAAAUUUUCCAGCGGUUAUUAUGACUUCUCUGUCAAAGUUGAAGGUGACAACCGUUAUAUUGCAAAUACCGUAGAGCUCAGAGUGAAGAUCUCCACUGAAGUUGGCAUCACAAAUGUUGAUCUUUCCACUGUAGAUAAGGAUCAGAGCAUUGCGCCCAAAACCACCCGGGUGAACUACCCAGCCAAAGCCAAGGGCACAUUCAUCGCAGACAGCCACCAGAAUUUCGCCUUGUUCUUCCAGCUGGUAGACGUGAACACUGGUGCUGAGCUCACCCCUCACCAGACAUUCGUCCGACUCCAUAACCAGAAGACUGGCCAGGAAGUGGUAUUUGUCGCUGAGCCGGAUCACAAGAAUGUGUACAAGUUUGAACUGGAUACCUCUGAAAGAAAGAUUGAAUUUGACUCUGCCUCUGGCACCUACACUCUCUACUUAAUCAUUGGAGAUGCCACUUUGAAGAACCCAAUACUCUGGAAUGUGGCUGAUGUGAUCAUCAAGUUCCCAGAGGAAGAAGCUCCAUCGACUGUCUUGUCCCACAACCUUUUUACCCCGAAGCAGGAAAUUCAGCACCUGUUCCGAGAGCCUGAGAAGAGGCCCCCCACGGUGGUGUCCAAUACAUUCACCGCCCUGGUCCUCGCGCCAUUGCUCCUGCUGUUCGCUCUGUGGAUCCGGAUUGGUGCCAAUGUCUCCAACUUCACUUUUGCUCCUAGCACGAUUAUAUUUCAUCUGGGACAUGCUGCUAUGCUGGGGCUCAUGUAUGUCUACUGGACUCAGCUCAAUAUGUUCCAAACCCUGAAGUACCUAGCCAUCUUGGGCAGUGUGACAUUUUUGGCUGGCAAUCGGAUGCUAGCUCAGCAGGCAGUCAAGAGAAGCUGCUGCAGCUUUUGCCGAAGCUCCCAACAGGGAGCAUCUGCCCGGCAGCCCGUACCACUUCCCCGGGAACCAGACAACCUCGGAGUCGUACAAAUGGUCAGACCUUGACAUGGUGGCAGCUUGCUGGCAGCUUGACUUUUGAAACUGAAUUGGAGGCAAAUUUAAAUGUCACUAGGUGUUUCUCAUUGAUUUGACUUUAUUAGAACCUGGGUGAUUUCUGCCACACAAAGGCCAAUAAGAAAAGGUCAGAAUUGCUUUCACCUUUGUAAGAAAUCAUUUUCAGACGUGCCCUGCUUUCUCCUGUCCAGGACUUUUGCUGGAAGAAUGUAACUCAAUAGCAUGCCCUCCAGCAUGGCUGUCAAUUAGGUUGGUCAGAUGGGAGAGAGGCUUUUUCAGGGAGACCAUUAAUGAGUAGGAGAAGCAAACACCUCAUCUCUGCCAGAGUCUCCAUUGUGAGCUCUUUGAGCGCUUCUCUGUGGCGACGUGACACAGACAUGGUCCUUGGCUUCCCUGUAGGAAUUCAGAUCCCACCAGAGCUCCCCACAGCACCAGCAGUGGCAGCUGGUUGGUUUUCUGCCCUCCAGCAGCCUUUUCUUGCCGGAGCCGGGACUCAGCUGUUUUUGCAAAGCAAGAGCACUGUUCCCUUCCAGCAACUGCCUGGGCCCUCAGGGAGCCAAAAGGCUGUGCUCUAAGUUCUCUCUUUUCUGGAAGUUGCCCACUGAGAAAGAACAAAAUCAAGGGGAGAGCGGGAUAGAAACCAUUUGGUUUAGAUCCUGCAUGGCUGGAGUUCUUAAUCUGGAAUCCUAAACUUGUAUGCAUUUUCUGGGGAAAUAGGCCAUGGUUUUUAUCAGAAUCCCAAAAGGAUGGGUGGCUCCUCCCUCCCCCGUACUCACAUAUCCCACUUACGAGCUUAAAGCCCACUCUUCUGUUGUCUUCUUUGUGAGUCCUGGAAUGAACUCUGCCCUGGGAAAAUCAGUGACCCUAACGGAAGCUUUGGUUGGGUGUUUGUCAUUUCUUUCCUCAGCUUAUUUCUCUUCUCAACUGUCCUUUCUUGAUUCU